CAGCCCUGUUCAUUUUCAGGCCGGGUCGGACCCCAGCAACAACAUAGCUAAUCGGUUCAACCUAUGAAGAUUGGGCUUUACAAUCGCCAUCCAUCCUUUGAUUAGACAGCAUUUCGUGGAAAUAUAUCACUGCCACUGAUCAGAAGACAAACCAAGUCGUUGAAUCGAAUCUGAAGGCACUGGGAAAAGGCGCAUAGAAAAAUUUCCAUACUCGAUGACAUUACAUCGCAAUGUCCGAUCGUUUGGGGCAAAUAACCAAGUCCAAGGAUGGGAAAAGCAAAUAUUCCUCACUCAGCCUAUUUGACAAGUACAAGGGAAAAUCAAUAGAAACUCAGAAAAACACAGCAGUUCCGCGACAUGGCUUACAGAGUCUUGGCAAAGUGGCCGCAGCCCGGCGCAUGCCCCCACCUGCUCACCUGCCGAGCUUGAAAUCCGAAAACAAAGGAAACGAUCCCAACGUGAUUAUUGUGCCUAAAGACGGUACAGGAUGGGCGAACAAGCAGGAACAACCCGAUCAAAAGAGUUCUAUUGCAUCAAUACCACAGCUGCCGGAGUCGCAGCCGCAGCCGGCUUCACAGAAAUCUGUCUCCAAUCUUCAGAAGCCCUCACCGGGAGCCAACCAAGAGACCACAAACACAGGUGGACCAAAGCAAUGGGCCCAGCUAAAUGGAAAGGCAGUAGAGCCAGAUGGUUCAAGGGCCUCAAACCGACUUCAGCCCUUCUCUCACGAGGAAUUUCCCACGCUAAAGGCAGCUGGAGAACAGGACAAGGCUGGCAAGGAAAGAAGCGGCUUCGAUCCGUCGUAUGGGCCCGGACCAAGCCUCCGCCCCCAGAACGUGACGAGCUGGAGGGAAGGUGGUGGCAGGAACCUUCAGCCCUCGACCCUGACCCUCGGCCUGCCAGCAGACCCUGAGGGUAAGAUCACUGCCCUGGGUGAGAGCGGCACCCCUCCAGCCUCAUCUCACCCCCCCUCUGCCACCGUCACGACCUCCUCUAGCGUGGUGACGGCUCCGUCUCCGGUCCUCGACCCCAAGGAGCCUUCCCUACGACCCGCCCAGCCUGUCCGCAGAACAACCGUCCCCACUGCGCUGCAGUACCAGCUUCACCACACCUCCACUGCUGUCUACCAUGACAUGUUGCCCGCUUUUAUGUGUUCCAAAGAUACACGUGAAGCCCCAGGUACAGAAACUGUUCCCACCACUGUUGCAGCCCCCGCCCGAUUUGAAAGCAAACCCACUUUUAGACAGAGCUACCCCAAACCUGAUGUUGUCAAUGGUGAUGUAAAGAGAGAGGCCCGCUUCGCCCGCGCUGCACCUCGACUCGUCUCUUCUCAGCCCAUCCGCAGGCCUGGUGAGAGACCGCAGCGCCCGGCCAUCGUCAAUCCGGAGGACCUGAAGGAUCUGGAUGAGCUUGACAUUGACUGUGAGGAUGGAUGGGCUGGACUCCACGAGGAAGUGGAUUAUAGUGAGAAGCUGAAGUUCAGUGAUGAUGAAGAAGAACACUCCAGUGAAAAAAACAAAAUGUGGACUGAAUGGGAGAGGGAGAGAGAGAACUGCCAAUCCUCCCUGAGUGCAGGUGAGGCGGCGUACACCCAGGAGGGCCUCGAGGAGGGUUAUUCUUACCAACAUCACCACCACGAGUCUCUGAGGAAGACCAGCAGCAGAUAUCUCUCUCCGGACCCCUCGGCCCUGCAGAAAAUUCCAGGUGAGCCACCAACUGACCAGGAUGAACACCAGCGCCAGUCUCAGGGUCCAGCCAGGGCCAAGUACGUGUCCCCUGAGCUGUCGGAGGCCGUGGAGAGGGCCCGCAGACGCAGGGAGGAAGAAGAGAGGCGUGCCCGUGAGGAACGGCUGGCUGCCUGUGCUGAGAAACUGAAGAAGCUGGAUGAGAAAUUUGGGAAGACCGAAAGGCAGAUGUCAAAGACGGAGGAGAUCCUGAAAGAAGGAGAGGGCAAAGAAGCUCCUCUCUCUCCACCCAGGGAGCAGAGUAAAGGCCACCCUGAGACCUGGCAAUACAGCACAAAGGAUGGAAGUGAUGGUGCCCCGGACCACUCUCCUGGCCACAGCUACCGAGAGGAACCUGGGUUCUCUAACUAUCGGGGCAGCGAGGAUGAUAGCCAGGAGCCGUCCUCCCCGUCAGGAGACUACAAUGGACGCCAUCCCUCCAAACCGAUGCCACCCCGCUUUCAAAAGCAGCCGCAGCCACAGCCGCAGCCACAGCAGCAGCAGCCGCAGCAGCAGCACCACCAGCAGCAGCAGCAGCAGCAGCAGCAGCAGCAGCAGCAGCAGCAGCAGGAGCAGGUAUACAAGAUGCAGCACUGGCCGCAGUCCGGUCACCCUGCCUCGUCUGGCUCGAGCCACAGCCAACGUGGCUUCUAUCCACCGCAUGUCCUCGGGUUUGAUCCCCGCUGGAUGAUGAUGCCGCCUUUUAUGGAUCCCCGCAUGGCCCAAGGACGAUCCCCUGUGGAUUACUAUCCAGGGGCUGUCCACUCUUCAGGAAUGAUGAAACCCAUGAUGCAUCAAGACCACUUGAAUAGUCCCGGAUCUGAUGAGGGAUGCCACCAUCCCAGCCUGCACCAGGAGAGAAGAGCCCCUUCCACUGAACCGUACCCUAUGUGGAACCAAGAUGGCUACCCCUUACGCAGCUUUACUCCACCUUACCAGAGACAGCAUGAAAGCUCAGAUGGUGGGCAGCCGGAUGACAGAAGUGAUUUGGCCGGCUCCCAACAGGACUCCUAUGAAGACAGAGCAAACGAGUGCUUAAACCAAGACGAUCUCCCCCAUCAUGCUUACCAGAGCCGAGGCUCAGACAGGGAACACAGACACCGUGACCAAGGCUUACUGACCACUGCCCAGAACCUCCCGCAGAAUCAUGCAGAUAGUGAUUACCCGAAACAAGACUCCCGAGAAAAGCAUCUGAAAGAUAGCCCUGAUUCACACGAUGAGAUCUUGGAAGGCUCUAAGGACAGCUGGAAAAGAGAUGGGGGUCAGAAACAAGAAGAAAGACUCGGCAAUGCUCAAAACCAGUGGUCUGAGUCCAGUUCCAGUUCCAGCAGUAGUGUCAGCCAGCCGUCUGAGACCAGCGGGCGCACUCUGAUCCGCAGAACUGGACCCAUCAAGAAACCAGUUCUCAAGGCUCUCAAAGUGGAAGACAAAGAAAAUGAGAAGCCCAAACCUGAGCCGGAGGAGAAGACUGUCCCUUACCGCCUGGAGAAAGAAAUCCUUACUAAUGUUUACGACUUAAAGAAGGAUAACCAACCAGCCAGCAGCAGGCGCUCAGCUUCACCUGUUGUCGAGAAACAGCCGGAAGAGAGGCAGCGUCAGUCACCAGCUCCCACUAAAACAGAGAGGCCCUUAAGCACCCACAGUGACGACUCCCCCAAAGAGAACGCCUGGGACAGCGGGAAGAGCCAGUCGCCCAGAGAAAGCCAGGACAACCGGGAGCCCCACGCACCACGGCGCAAUAACUGGAUCUUUAUCGAUGAGGAACAGGCCUUCGGUGCAGUCAGGGGAACCGGCAGAGGCCGCAGCCGAGGCUUCAGGGAAUUCAGCUCUAGAGGUGGAACCCGGGGCGGCCGAGGUGGUGACAAUCUUAGAGGGUCUUACAACAACAACAACAACAGCAGCGGAGCUCAGCGCACAGGCAGAGGCCGAGCCAUACCCAGGGACCUCGUCAAGGUGGACGAGUUCCAGAGGGGCAAGCCCAGAAGGCGAAACGUCAGCGAGACUUUGAGUGAAACCUCCGAGUACGAGGAACUGCCAAAGAGGCGACGCCAGAAGGGGUCUGAGAAUGGAGAGGGUUACACAGAGUCUGGAGAAGUCCGUAAAGCUGACAGGGAUUCCUGGAGGUCCAACAAGGUGUACACAGAGGACCAGGCAGCCCAAGAUUCACGGGAUAAGACCAAGAACAGCCGAGGUUUUGGAGGUCGCAUGCUUCCCCCCAGACUGAACACCACUGCAAGUUACAAUCGAGGCUUUGGAGGGUCAAGGGACAUUUCUACUUGGAGGGGGCGUGGACCCCAGUUCAUUAGCAGUGGUGGCUCCGUGCAAGAAAACGGUUAUGGCCCUGGAGCCGAGACUACCUACUCCCGCAGACCCCCUGUUGAACGCGAGGCUCUAAAGUACGCCCCUAAAUUCACUGGAUCCUUCAUGGAAAACGGCACAGAGGACCGGGAAGGAGAAUACUACUUUGACAACGACAACCCAGACAGGCAGAUGUUGAGGAGACGACGACCACCCCGUCAAGACAAACCUCCCAGGUUCCGACGACUACAACAAGAACGUGAACCCGGCUCAAACCAGUGGACGAGUGAUGAGUACAUCAACGGAGACUUUGCAAAUCCCUGGCCCAGUCGUCCCAAAGGCAGUGGGGAGGAAACCUGGCCCAGUGGGCACUACACCGCCGGACGACCCAGCCAACAUGGGCAGACCGAGGAAUGGGAGACGGGAUCAGAGAACAGCGACUUUGGCGACUGGAGAGAGAAGCGAGGUGGGAGUGGAGGCCCGGCUCCACAGGGACACGGCGAUGCUCCCUCAGACUCGGGUCACAAUGAACCGGGUUCCGGUGAGAAGAGGGAGCUUUGCAAGAGAAGCUUCUCUAGCCAGAGACCGCUGGUGGAGCGGCAGAACAGGAAAGGAGAGCCGUCCCUGCUGGAAGCGAGCAGGAUGGUGCGCACACCUGACCCACCAACAUCCUCCUCCAACAGGAGUGACAGCUGGCAGAAUGGAGGCCCGACUUGUAAGAGUAGAGGCCCAGAUGAGUCAGGCCCGGUCUACAGCAUCGAGCAGCAAGAGGAGAGGGAGCCCACUGAGCCUUCUGGGAAGAAAUUAGAAAAAGAGCUGAAGCAAGGAGCUGUGAAGACCGACAUAGUUGAACCGCUGUCUCAGUAUGAGCUCAGCAGCUACCCAAUUGAGGGAGAUCUUGGGGGACCCGUUUCGUCUGCAGAUGGAUACCAGGAUGCCUUGUCCAAAAAGCAAAGACGCCCCCAGGAGGAUGACAGGAGGAGGAAAGAACAAGUAAAUGCUGUGCCGGUGAAGAACAGGACCAUCACAUCCAAGAUACCGCCCCGCUUCGCUAAGAAGCAGGGAAGUAUGAGCCUCGAGCAGCAGGAGGAUGCGCUCACUUCUAACAACCUGGGAACUGAAAUCUGGGAGACCAACAGCUCAGCUCUUUCUGUUCAGUCUUCAGGAGGAGACUCGUGGACCAAACAAGUGUCCUACACUGGAAGCGAGCCAAACUCUGAGGACUCUGACGCGGGCCCUGAGCAGGCUAAAGAACAGCACAAGCCGGGGCCCAUCGGGAACGAGCGCUCCCUGAAGCACCGCAAAGGCUCCGAAGGCGUGGAUCGUCUGGAAGGUGGCCCCAUCACACCAGUCAACGGUGUGGACCUCCACGUGGACUCUGUGCUGCCAGUGCCUCCCAUUGAGUUCGGAGUCAGUGCCAAAGACUCUGAUUUCAGCCUUCCACCGGGCUCCACCCCGGUGCCCGUGUCCAAUCCUGUCAACAAGCUGCAGGAUGCGCUCACCACCAACACGGCUCUCAAUCAGAGUAUCCCCAUGCUGCGUUCCAACCACCUGCAGCCAGGCAUUAACCUCAACCCCAUCUCCUUCCCCAGUGCUGACCUCACUCUCAAGAUGGAAUCAGCCCGAAAGGCAUGGGAGAACUCUCAGUCCUUCCCCGAGCAGGGCUCUCCUGGCGGGGGUGCCUCAGGUGCUCAGCCUCCCUGCAGUGUUGGCUCAUCCAGUGUCAGCUACAGCACGUUUGGAGGGGUCUCCAUGCCUCAGAUGCCUGUGGCUUCAGUCGCACCUUCCAUGUCCAUGCAAGGAAAUCAUAUCCCUCCGUUGUAUCUGGACGGUCACGUCUUUCCCAGCCAGCCACGCCUCGUUCCUCCAACCAUGACCCAGCAGCAGACAUACCAACAGGCUGCUGCAGCCCAGCAGAUCCCCAUCUCUUUACACACAUCUCUUCAGGCUCAGGCUCAGUUGGGGCUUCGUGGAGGUCUGCCUGUCUCCCAAUCACAGGAGAUGUUCAACUCUAUCCCCCCCUUCAGGUCCCAGGUCUACAUGCAUCCCAACCUGUCCCAGGCCAGCCCCAUGGUGCUGUCCGGCGGAGCCCCUCUCAAGGGGCCCUACUCGGCUUUCCCCGGCAUGCAGCCCUCGGACAUGGUCAAGCAGCAGUCAGGCUCGCACUACCAGCCAAUGAACGGCAGCCAGCAGCUGGUCUACGACAGCCAGAUGAACCAGGGCCCGGGUAUGGGUUCCUCUCAGCUGAUGGACUCCCAGCUCAUCCAGGUGACCAUGCCUCUACCCGGCUCUCAGCUGCGCUACGGCUCAGCUCAGCAACACCUCAUCCUCCCUCAGUCGAUCCAGCUGCAGCAGGGACAGAACCUGUCAGUCGGUGCUCCACGCCGCAUGUUGCCACCCGGCUCUCAGCCUGGUGUCAUGACCGGCAGUCGAGAGGGCUCACAGAUGGAAAUGAAAGGUUUCCAGUUCGCUGAGAAGCCCAGUCAUUCCCCUGGUUUAUCAGGAGGGUCCUACAGGCCCGGGUCUGCCAGUCCCAGCGGGAAGCCCUCUGGUCCUGGGGGGCCUGUUGGUCCUCUGCCCACCCAUUUUGCUCAACAGGUCCCCCCCUCUCAGGGCAGCAUGGUGAUGCACAUGCGCCCCCCCACCACUGGCCCUUUCCCCAACCCCAUCCAGAGACCCGUCAUGCAGGUCAAACAGCCUGUCAUCAUCCGCUCCCCCCCUUACCCCAACCCCGGCCGUGACCCCUCCCACUCCACCCCUCCCUCUGCCCCUGCCCCUGUUAAAGGGCCAGAGGAUGGCAUGAAGAAUAAAACCCUGCGAGACGUGCGCACGGCAGUGGGCGAGAUCAAGACACCACCCGGGGGCAUGACCAGCAAACUCCAGGAGCUCCCCCUGCCCUCCACAGGGCAAGCCAAACCAGCACGCACUGGAGCCAUCAAACCCCAGGCUGUCAAAGUAGAGGAGGGCAAGGCAUAACAAUGGACCUUAAAAAAAAUCCUCAUCAACACCCAGCCUGCCGAUACAAAGCCCCCCCCCACUGACCAACGUCUGAGUCUCCUUAGACCCAGCCUAUCUCGAGGCAAGGAGGGGGGGGGAGGGCUUCAAGCAGACAUCAUACUGAAUUACUCCUCUUGAACUGUCAGAACUGGACACUAUAAUUUCACACCACGUAUAGAGAUAUAUAAAUAUAUAUAAAUAUAUACAUAGACACAAACAGUCUUUUAAGCAGAUCUCUUCAAGGUUCUCUUUAAUUUAUUAUUAGUCACUUUUAAGGGGAGAUUGGUGAGAAGAAAAAAAAAAGAAGAUAUUUGCUUUUCUUUUCUUUUUUUUUUGUUUCUCUCUGCGGCGGGGGAAAAAGGAAAGUGGCCGACUCAGACGGAUGGUUCAUUUUCACACCAUUUUGCCAAACUGUAUUUACUCCCCGUUCAUGGACUGUAGCCCUUAAGACCAGGCAGACAAUACAUACAUCGGACUACCAGAAAGAAAAGUCUGUUUCAUAUUUUUAAAACACAUUUGAAAAUGCAGUGGGGCACUCUUUUUUUUUUUUUUGUUCAUUCUUUCAUUGGCAUUUUUACUCGUAAAUAAAAUAUUUAAGUCAUCACCCACUCCUCCUCCUCUUGCUAAAGACUUCUUUUUAUUAACCUUUAAAAAAAUUAACCUCUAAUUUGUGGACAUCAUUGCAUGUCAAACACCCUGGAAGUGCACCCCCCCCCCCUUUUGAAAUGCACCCGGCCCAUCCAUGAACUGUCGGCUUUGAUUGGUGGAAAAUGAUCUCUUCUCUUAAAGCUCUGUUCUUUGCUUUUUACAUUCUGUCGCUCGCUCUCUUCUGUAUGUUCAAGUGAAACCAGAAAAAGUGGGACAUUUUUGAACCCGAAUCAUGUUGCUUCCACGGAAAAAAAAAAAAAAAACUUCACGGUGUGUGCAUGUGACCUGCUGAACGUGUGUGUAAACUGGCAGCAACAUUUUCACAACAAAAGACUGCACCUGAACUCGGCCCUUCAUUGUGCUGCCAACGACUGCCUGGAUUUAUCGAAAACGACCAAGCUGGCAAGCGUUUUUCUUUUGGGGGCUCAAUGUGAAGUUGAAUACGAGUGGAGAGGGGGGAGGGGCUUCAUUCACGCCACCCCCCCCCCCCCCCCCCUUUUUUCGAAAUAGCUGAUUGAAAUGUGUGCUUUCUUAUCGCUUUGUUUGGGUUGUAAUUAAUCAAACUGUCUGUUGAUGAACAUGUGACGUAAGUGAUGAUUUUUACGCCCCUCUGCCUUGGGGGGAGGGGGGGGGGAUUUUUGCUUUUUCUUUUCAUUGCUCUUAAAAGACUCUCUCUUACUCCGUUAAAAAAAUCCCACUCUGUCUGACAGUACAGUGGGCGACAUCAUUUUGAUUCUUCUGAUCUCUGAGAUGGCACUAGCAAUAAAUGCAGCCUCACUAUAAUCACAAUCAGGGUCCAAAUAGCGUUUUGCUGUUCCGAGCUAAUAAUCACAACCGAGGGGCGUUUGCUGUUGCUUGCUGCAUUAAAACCUGAUCUCCGCUUACGCUUUUUUUUUUUUUUUUUUGUGAGCACUGCAGUUCCAGUGGAUUACGAAGGACUUUUUAAAGUGUUUGUUCUAUUUGAAAAAAUGUGAAGCUGUUGGAAUUCUCCUUCAUUUCGUUUGUUCUUUUUUUUGUAACAGACUCUUUUGUUUUUGAAGCUCAUAAUGCCAACGACGUCAUAACUGGUUCAAUGUUACUGCUUAACCACGCGGCUCCACCACACUACAAAAACUGUUGCGAUUUAUCUUUGACAGUGUUUCACUGGUAUAUAUGUAUAUGCAUACUUAACUGUACAGUCAGUCGAGCCCGGUCAGCGAGGAGGGGGUUUAGACCCACAUUUCAUUUUAGAUAUUGUGGCACUAUUAAAGGAUUAAAUGUUGAAAAGGUCACUGUGUUCUCAGAAUGGACUGCUUUCACUUGUUGAUAGGUUUAUCAGGCUUGGAGUGCUUCUCUCUCUCUCUCUCUCUCUCGCUCACUCUCUCUCUCUCUCUCUCAUCUUAACCCUUACUGUAAAAGAUCUCGAUGCUUCAUUGUAUCUGCACCAAAAUUUGCCCCUGACUUUUUUUUUUUGUACUUUUAAGAUGCAUAUUUAAUUUGUGUCAGAGGACCAGUGCUUUCUUACAGCUGAUCCAGCAUUCUAUUUAUCCCACCUGAUCUCUAUCCUUUCAGAUAUUUGGUCAUUACUCGCCCUUGUAAAAAAAAAAAAAAAAAGAAGAAAAAAAAAAGAGCUUAUUGAAAGAAAAAGAAAUAAAGCAGUUGUGAUUUCUUAAAUGUACUGUUGAUUCUGUAUUCUCACUUUGUCAUAUUAAAAUCAUGCAUCAAC